CUAUAAAAAAAAUUUUAAAUAAUAAAAACCCACACAUAUAAGAAUUUGCGAAAAGGAAUUUACAUAUCGUCUGCAUUAAUACGUCACUAUACAUGUAAGCAAUUACAUGUAAACAAUGGAUUCCGACGACAGCGAAGCUUUUGAGGCUCCUCCGAUAACAUUUGAUGUUAAAUUACCGGACGACAUGAACUCGGGGGAAGUUAUUACACUUCUAGAAGUGCUACAGUCAGACGUUGAAGGGUUUGACCAGAUGCUGAUUGAUUGUGCCCAACAAAAUGAAACAGGCAGCCCUACAGUGAUGGAAACUGCGACAGAGGCUGCAUCCCAAAGUAUUCCAGAUGUAAUUCGACAAAAUGCAUGUACUUCUACAAGAUUUAAAUCAUUAAAUGAAGAAGAUUUGCAUCAGAUUGAACAAAACCAAUAUAGCGAGGCAACCAAGAAAAACACUAAAUGGGGCAUACGUCUCUUUAAUGCAUGGUGUAUGGAAAGAUUGCAUCAGGUCUUGGAUAUGUAUACAGUCCCAACAGCCGUCUUAAAUGAAAAUCUGCGAAAAUUUUAUGCUGAAGCACAGCCCAAAAAUCUGAGUAACCGCUCAAAGAAAAUGGAUGAAGAAUAUGCUGCUGAGUAUCACAAAAACUCUAUGAAAAAUGUCAGAGCUGCUAUCAACAGAUAUUUGAAAGAUAUAGGUCGUCAAAUAGAUAUAGUCAAAGACACCGAAUUCAAGAGUUCAAAUGCCAUGUUAAGUUCUAAAUUAAAAUUCAACUUGAAACAAGGGCUAUCGCGACCAACAAAGCACCAUCCUACAAUACCUCAAGAGGAUUUAAUCAAAAUUAACAGCUACUUAUUAAAUCACAACCCUGUUGCACUCCGAUUUAGAGUUUGGUACUUCCUUGCCAUACACUUUGUGAACCGUGGCUGCGAGUUUCACCAUCAGCUGUCAAUUAACUCUUUGAAAUUCGAUAAAGAUGAGAAUGGCGUUGAAUAUGUGACAAUAACACAUGAAACGCACCAAAAAACCACCAAGGAGGUCUUUAUGAAGACAAAGAAGAGACAGAGGACAAACGAAUGUAUGCCACAGGAACAUCAACUUGCCCAGUCCAAUCACUAAAAACCUUCCUCUCUAAAACUGACCCAAAAGCUAUCUCGCUGUUUAAUGAGUGCAACAAAGAUGCUCUGCGUGCGGAAUAUCCUGAUACCCAUGCAAUUUGGUAUUCCGAUAUACCUGUCAAGCCUAAAAAGUUCUCUACAUUUAUGCCAGACAUAUGCAAAAAUGCAACAGUGAAAAGGUUCACAGCCCACUCCUUGAGGACCACUGCCAUAACAGCGAUGAGUGACGCAGGAUUGACAGAUAGAAACAUAAUGUACAUGUCGGAUCAUAAAUGCGAGGAAUCCCUGAAAUCUUAUUGCCGUCGCCCUAGCACGGAACAGAAAAAAGUUAUUAGCUCGGUUCUCGGCAGUGUUGCCUCUGGGGAGAAAAACCUACCUCAAUUAUCUGUUUUUCCAUCUCCAGCAGCCUUAAAUCCAGUUUUGCCGUCACUUUCUGAUGUACCCGGUGUUGUAACAAAUCAGAACGUCAGUAUCAAUCGAGAGUCCCGUUAUUUAGCUGGGUUUGGAUCUUAUUCAAUGUUCAAUGUUCAAAGAAUGUCAUUUUC